GUAUGGUUGGAAUCAGUCUCUAGCCCAUUAAAGUGGCCCAGAGCGAUAGUAGUAGCGUGUCACGAAGAGAGUAUCGGUUGUCUUAGUUAUCGUGUAGUGAAAGGAUGAAGUGUUUUCCAGUUGAAUACUGUAGUGUACCAAUAGGUGUGUCCCUUCAGUGAUAUUCCUGAGCUGAAUCUUCCAGAGAUCGUCUCGAGUAAUAACGAUUCGAGGCCAAAGCAUCGCUUCGAGAAUAUAUGUGCUUGUGCGUAGCACACAUUCAUACAGACACCACCAACCCGGUGCGGUCGGUUGGGACUGGUUCACCGGCGUGACGUGAUCGUCUGGCCUUGCUGCAACCUGAAACCAACUACCACCUUCACGAAAGGCAUCGGAACAACUUCGCCGAGUGUAUUGGGGUUGAAUCCUACGUCACUUUUGCCAUCGAAAAAGCAUUAAUUGGUGAUUAACAUUCAGCACAUUCAUACUGCAAACGCAGUUUGGAAUCUACGUUUCAAACUGGAUGAUCGGAAAGUGUGCAGUUUCCUGAAAUUAAUAAAAUAGGCGGCAUGGGAAAGGAUUAUUACAAAAUCCUCGGUAUUCCGAGAGGAUCAUCCGAUGAGGACAUAAAGAAGGCUUAUCGGAAACUUGCGUUGAAGUAUCAUCCUGAUAAAAACAAAUCACCCGGUGCAGAGGAAAAGUUUAAAGAAGUAGCUGAAGCUUAUGAGGUUUUGUCUGAUAAAAAGAAACGAGAGCUAUACAAUAAAUUUGGGGAAGAAGGCCUGAAAGGACGUGCAUCCAAUGGUACAUCUAAUACUUCACAAAACUUUACAUACGAGUUCCAUGGCGACCCAAGAGCAACAUUUGCCCAAUUUUUCGGUUCGAGUGACCCGUUCGGAUCAUUUUUUGAUAUGCACAACGACAGUCUAUUUAACAGCAGUAUUUUCAACGAUGAUGACUUCUUCACACCAUUUAGUGGGCUCGGUGGUAACAGGCAUGGCUUAGGGGGAGCCUUUAGGUCACACUCGUUCAACGUCCAUUCGCCACUGAAAAAGGAAAAAGUGCAGGAUCCGCCAAUUGAACACGACCUGUAUGUGACAUUAGAAGAAAUCUAUCAUGGCUGUGUGAAGAAGAUGAAAAUCUCCCGAGGAGUCCUGCAGCCGGAUGGUACAUCAAAGAAGGAGGACAAAUAUGUAAGCAUAUCGAUCAAACCUGGUUGGAAAUCUGGAACGAAAGUAACCUUCCAGAAGGAAGGCGAUCAAGCUAAAGGAAAAAUACCUGCCGACAUUGUUUUCAUCAUACGCGACAAACCACAUGUCUGGUUCCGGCGGGAAGGCAGUGAUCUCCGUUAUACUGCUCGAUUAACUCUUAAACAGGCUCUCUGUGGCGUCAUAUUUGAGGUCCCUACGAUGACUGGAGAAAAAUUACGCAUUAGUACAAAGCAGGAGAUAAUAAAGCCUAACACGGUGAAACGAAUUCAAGGCUAUGGUCUACCGUUUCCUAAAGAGCCAUCACGGAAGGGAGACUUGCUGGUAGCAUUCGACAUCAAAUUCCCGGAUAAAUUGACGACAUCAGAGAAGGAAGUACUUAAUGAUAUGCUCCCUAAUGCAUAGCCUUCCAACCGUUAUAAGGCAUAGGGAAUUAUCCAUCGCAAAUUCAAAUGCUCUUGCGUUAUUUUCUUUUUGUUUUUAAUAAUUUCACUAAUUUCGCUAUUACCGACUGUUGAUGGGUAUUUAAUGAGAAUAUUUAAAUUGAAUUGAUCUUGUAAAUAGUGCCAUGGUGCUCGUAGCUUUUGACACCUUUUUGCUACAGAGACACCUAUUCUGCUCGUUGAUGAAUCGAACAUUUCAGAUAUGGUCGAUUAACGGACAACACCAGUGAAAAAAGAACAAUAUAAAUACAAUCUAUUUAUCGUUUACAAAUCGAAUCAGGAUGUAAAUGACGCGAAGCUUUAAUCGGACUUCCACAUAAGCAAACGCAUGACUUAGUUUUACAAUUUGUUCGGUGGUAUGGCAUCUCAUACAAUCAAAAAAGUUUUUUGCCAGACCGGACAGCGUCGAUGCAAACGACUUUAAAAGAACAAAAAAUUCAAAGAAUUUGAAAACCAUCGUUCUGAAGAAGAAAUUAAGAUCAUGACCUCCGCUUAAUACACCUGAUUAUUAAUUUGUCAUGCUAAAAUAAAGCAAACGGUGCUUUUGGUGAUGC